AUGCAGCUCUCCUUGCUUCUUUUAUGCUCUGUUCUGAGUAACCAUGCUUGGGGCUGGCCCUAUGAUGUGUCUCUUGUGGAUUGGAAUCUUAACCAGAACAAAAGCGCCCAAGGCCCCAUCGAUUACUGGGGGGCCUGGCCGAACCAUAAAUAUCAUCCGUCGCCAGAAAAUUGGCGUUUCCCUUUUUAUACGAUCUUUCUCGACAGGAUAUCCAAUGGUGACCCGACAAACGACGAUAACAACGGGACUGCAUUCGAACAUGUGGUCAACUCGAAUCAGAUGCGACACGGCGGCGACGUCGAGGGCUUGAUGGAUACGUUGGACUAUAUACGUGGCAUGGGGUUCAAGGCCAUUUACUUCGCCGGGACGUAUUUAGAGAACCUGCCUUGGGCCUACGAUGGCUACUCGCCGGCAGAUACCACUCUCCUCGACAAACACUACGGUACACUGGAGGAUUGGAGACGACUUGUAACGGCGAUUCACGACCGGGACAUGUAUGUACUGGUGGACAAUACGCUUGCAACAUUGAGCAAUUUGAUCGGUUUCAAAGGCCACUUGAACGACUCGGCGGAUUUCAGAACAACCGAAUACGAUGUGGAAUGGGUCACAGACCGACAAUAUGCUGAUUUCUCAUUUGGGAAUACUUGGAACGAAACUUGCAACUUUCCCAAAUUCUGGUAUGAGACUGGUUAUCCGUUGACUACCGGUAAAGUACAAGACCUCAAAAGCUGCAAAAACAGCGACUUUGAUCAAUUCGGAGAAUUGGAAGCAUUUGGUAAUUUCCCUGACUGGCAGCGCCAGCUCACAAAGUUUGCCUCUGUGCAAGAUCGCUUGCGAGAAUGGCAUAAGCCUGUUCGCGAUGUCAUCACUCGCCACUCCUGCUUCCAAAUCGCUAGUUUAGACAUAGAUGGGUUCCGCUUUGAUAAGGCGGUUCAGGCGACUUUAGAACCCCUUAGCGAGAUGGUUGCGUUCUAUCGUGAAUGUGCCAAGUCGCUCGGCAAAGAAAAUUUUUUCCUUCCUGGGGAGAUCACAUCUGGAAACACCUUUGGUAGUCUCUACCUUGGACGAGGUCGUCAGCCAGAUCAGUAUCCAGACUCUGCAGGCGCUGCUGUGAAGUUGAAAAACACGUCAGAGGGCGUUUUCCUAAGAGAGGAUGGGUUGCAAGCGUUGGAUGCCUCUGCAUUCCACUACACAAUUUACCGUUCAAUGUGCCGUUUUCUGGGCAUGGACGGUAACUUGGUUGCUGGCCACGACUUGCCGACUGAUUUCAUUGAAGCCUGGAAUGAAAUGCUUGUCACCAAUGACUUCAUCAAUGCAUUCACAGGAGAGCUGGAUCCUCGUCAUAUGUAUGGUGUCUCUAAUCAAGAUAACUUUCGUUGGCCAGCCAUCAAAAAUGGCACUUACAAGUAUCUUUUGGGUUUAAACAUCAUUACACUGGUACUGCCGGGUAUUCCUCUUAUCUUGUGGGGUGAAGAGCAGGCAAUGUAUGUUUUUGAUGCAACUGCCUCCAACUACCUAUAUGGCAGACAGCCCCUCUCGUCUCAAACAGCAUGGUGGACCAACGGUUGUUUCAACAUCAACACAACCAAAUUUUACGACUUUCCGAAUGAGAAAGGUCUCAAUGGUUGCAACGAUAUCACUGUGACCUAUGAUCAACGGAACCCCGCCCACCCCGUCCGAAAUAUAAUGAAGCGAUUUUUUGACAUUCGAGAAGGUUUCCCCGUCGCGAAUGAUGGAUUCUAUGUUGAAACAAUCUCACAACUGACCGAGGAUAUCUAUCUUCCUGGCUCGUCCACUACCCCGACGGUUACCGGCCUUUGGUCGGUUUUGCGGGCUUACUUUCCCGCAGUCCAGACAGAUGCAAUUUUGGCCAAUGAAACACUGUGGCUGGUGUAUCAAAAUGGAAAUUCGACAAAGAAAUACGGCGGCAGCUGUAGCAACAGCACUGCUGCCUUACUCUCUCCGUUUACGUCGGGAAAAAAGUUGAAGAAUCUCUUCUAUCCAUACGAUGAAGUCACCGUGGAUGAUGGGCCAGAUGAUACUACCUAUGGCUGCAUCAAAGGGGGUAUGGAGCUGCGUCCUUGGGAAUAUCGAGCAUACGUGGAAACAGCCAUGUUUGUGAAUCCUCGACCUACAGUCACUGAGUUUCUCCCUGGUCAUGAUUCUCGGUUACUGUCUGCAGAGGAUACGAGUGAGAUCAUCCCAAUUCAGCUAGGUUACUCCGAGCCAAUGGAUUGUGAUAUUAUCACCAACGCGAUCACUUUCAACUCCACAACAGAAAAAGGAAUCGUCCCCUCUAUUGAUACUUCUAGUGUUAGCUGCACCAACGUCACAGCCAGAAUGACAAGCAACAACUACAUCGGCGAGAUCCCGACUGUUUGGACAUGGUCUGCAAAUUUGACCAAUGUUUACCACGGAAUCCACCAGAUAACCGUGGCCAACGUUUCCACGUCUGUCACCUCCAAUGUUUAUACCAAUGCGACUGACAGCUUUUUGAUCCGCGUCGGUUUCCCUACCAACCCGCUGAUCACUCCGCUGUCCAAUUACUCCACCAGCCUCGUGCACAAAUCCGAUGACGGAUACUACGUCAAGCACAACGCCGCAGGUGCUGACAAGUUCCGUUACUCGGCCAAUUUUGGGAGCACCUGGUCGAGUUGGACAACUUACGAAGGUGGCAACACAAAUGUCACCAUUCCAACUUUCACUGGAACAUCCAAGCAGGCGUGGAAAGGAACUCAUAUCCGUGUGCAAUACCAUUCAAGACUUACUGGGAGCAGCGAUUACAUCCAGGAAGGGGAUUACAACUGGAAGGAAAAUUCAACACGAAGAUUCCCUCAUUUGUGGUUCAAUGGCCCAUUCAACCAAUACGGUUACGAUGCGGGGUUAGACAACUCGAUGCAUUUUGACUCGAAGACCUCGCGCUGGAACUAUGAUUUCGUCUAUGAAUGGCCAGCAGUGGGGCAGCUGAAUGCCUGGGGUAUUGACCCAUCUGGGACUCCCGAUAACACCGAGGUCUAUGGCGAUGUGGGAAACACGUCUACAAUCUUGAAGCUCCCGCCGUCUUAUCUCUCUUCCAACGUGAUUAACAUCACUGAUUUGCCUCCCUUUCCACAUCUGGGAUGGAGAAUAUCUCUUAAUGACGGUAAUUUGCGGUACGAGAAGAUUCCCAUCGGAUCUGGAUGGGCUCAACUCGCUCUUUUUGUUCUUCUGUGUAUCGGUCCAAUCAUUAUGGGCCUAUCAGCAGUCGUCAUUUUCAUCCGAACGUUCUAUCAAGUCAAGUUCAACAAAGACGGCAAUGUGCUUAAAAUUGAGAAGCCCAUAAUUCUACUCUGGCGUAAAAUAAAGAGCAAAUUUGCGAAGGAUGGGAGCUCCAAGACUGCAAUCUCAGAAAUUGUGGUCCCAACGGGCGUCGCUGCGGGAGUGACCGGCCAACAACGACGUACGGUUUUGAUUGCUACCAUGGAGUACGACAUCCAAGAUUGGCAGCUGAAAGUGAAAAUCGGAGGUCUCGGAGUCAUGGCGCAGCUGAUGUCCCAGAACCUGAAGCACCAGAAUCUCAUCUGGGUGGUGCCAUGUGUUGGGGAUAUCGAUUACCCCAUCGACACGCCCAUUGAACCAUUCGUCGUGACGAUCCUUGACAAGCCAUACCUGGUGAAGGUCCAGUACCACGUCGUGGAGAACAUCACCUAUGUCUUGCUGGAUGCACCAGUUUUCAGGCAACAGACCAAAGCCGAGCCUUAUCCUCCCCGGAUGGAUGAUCUUGACAGUGCAAUCUACUACUCAGCUUGGAAUCAGUGUAUCGCAGAGACAAUCAAGCGAUCACCGUCUGUGGACUUUUACCACAUUAAUGACUUCCACGGAUGUGUCGCACCGCUGUAUCUGCUGCCGACUCGAACCAUCCCAGUUUGUCUGUCCUUGCACAACGCUGAAUUCCAAGGGCUUUGGCCACUGAGAACACAGAAAGAGAAGAAGGAAGUCUGCUCCGUUUUCAAUCUUCCGGUUGACAUAGCGACCAAAUACUGUCAGUUUGGAAAUGUUUUCAAUCUUCUCCAUACUGGUGCUAGCUAUUUGCGAUUCCAUCAGCGCGGAUUCGGUGCAGUCGGUGUGUCACAAAAGUACGGGAAACGAUCAUGGGCCCGAUACCCCAUUUUCUGGAGUCUCAGCAACAUUGGAAGCCUGCCUAAUCCUGACCCGUCCGAUACAGCGUCCGUCGACGUAGGAUCAGAAGUGCCAGUGACAAUUCAGUCUGAUACGGAAUCUGCCCACGAUAAGCUUCAGGCGCAGAGAUGGGCAGGUCUGACCGAGGACCCGAACGCGGAUUUGCUUGUAUUCGUUGGAAGAUGGUCGAAGCAGAAGGGAGUAGACCUGAUCGCGGAUGUUAUGCCAGAAAUUCUGUCAGCUCGACCCCGUGUGCAAUUGAUUGUGAUCGGUCCCCUAGUUGACCUUUAUGGAAAGCUAGCGGCGAUCAAACUCCAGCGCAUCAUGGAAAUGUAUCCAGGCCGUGUUUUUUCGAAACCAGAGUUUACCAUUCUACCACCCUAUGUGUUCUCCGGAGCUGACUUUGCCUUGAUCCCGUCACGAGAUGAGCCAUUCGGCUUGGUUGCCGUUGAGUUUGGCCGCAAAGGGGCCCUCGGAAUCGGUUCUCGCAUUGGAGGUCUCGGGCAAAUGCCCGGGUGGUGGUAUACCGUGGAGUCCGACUCGGCUCGCCAUCUCUUGCAUCAGCUGAGAACCGCCAUUGAAUCUGCCUUGGACUCAUCCCCAGAGAUCAGAGAGGAGAUGCGCGUAAAUUCUGCUAGGCAACGGUUUCCAGUUCUCGAGUGGGUUCAAAAACUUGAAAAGCUACAACUAACCUCCAUCGACAUCCAUCGCAGCAAGAACAGGAGAAGUGUAAUUGGACCCACGCAAGACUCUCAAACGGACUGGGAUAUGCAGAGCGUGCAGGCCUCCUCACGGCCUCGCCUUAUCUCUCACAGGUCUGUAAGCCGAGCUUUGGAAACGGCGCGUGAGGAAGAGACAGAGUCCAUUCAGACUUCUGCUCUGGAGCCACAACUAGCUGAGCCUGAAGAUAUGCGAGAGUCUCGCGGCUUUAGAAAUAGCAUGCUGGGUCGUAAACUGUCACUCGGUCGACGCUCUGGACCUGGACGGGUAUAUUCAACUGAGGGUGGUACCGAAACGCCACAGGAGGAGAAUAUCUCUCCCGAAGAGGCAAUGGCAGCAAUCAGCCAGACUCUAGGAUCUCAAUAUCUAAGCACAUCUUCUCAUGAGAACAGGAACUCCAAUGGCGAGUCUACCACCGACUCUUCACGUUUUGUCUCCCGAGACACUUCUCCAGUCAGAACAUCCAUGUACCAAAGUGGCCUCGUUUCCGGUGAUGUGACGCCCGUUGCGUAUACACGUAACAUGUCCAUGUUGUCAGUGGUGUCUGUCUUUGAGGAUCACGAUCAGCCCGUCUUCAACUUGCAAAAGGUCGACCCUACAUUUACUGAUAGCAUGGGUUAUUUCACGCGCAACUUCGAAAAGCUGGUCACAAACCUCAACAACAAGAACUCGAUAACAGAUUAUUGUAUUGAGGUAUAUUUGACGAAGAGUGAACGCACAUUCUUUAAUAUGUAUACCGACCGGCAAUUGAAAAAGCAGCCCAAGGUCGUCGAACGUCCCUUGACUGGAUCUGGUUCGAAUACAGAUGAUGGCACCUUGACUCCGGAUGAAACUUUAGUAUCAAACGGAGCACAUGACAUCGAUCUAUGGCUUUCCCGCCUUGGGUACAAGAGACCUAUUGCCAUCCGGAGAUUUAUGAGAUGGCGUGUCGGAAAUUGGCCUGUAUAUGCUCUGUUCCUGGGUCUUGGGCAGAUUAUCGCGACAAAUUCUGCGCAGAUUACACUGUUAGUGGGUCAGGUCGGCGAAACUGCGCUCAAGCUCUACGUGAUUGCAACAGUCUACUGUCUGUCAUCCAUUGUCUGGUGGUUCUUAUUCUAUCGGUUCCCAUCCGUGGUUGUUCUCACUCUUCCAUGGUUCAUCUACUCCAUUGCGUUUGUUAUUGUCGGGAUCUCUCCAUUUGGGCUCUCAUCUGUCGGUCGAAGUUGGGCGCAAAAUAUCGGUGCAGGCGUUUAUGCUGCCGCAUCUUCCAGUGGCUCACUGUUCUUUGCACUCAACUUUGGUGAUCAGGGUGCUGUCCCGGUUAAGGAUUGGAUGUUCCGGGCAAGUUUGAUCCAAGGCAUCCAGCAGCUUUACACGGUUGCCCUAUGGUUCUGGAGCUCUCGUGUCACCGCCGUAGAAGUUGAAGGAGUCACAACUGCUGCCUUGAGCAGUUGGAGACUCACUGCUGUUAUGAUGCCCAUUGCUGCCGUGUGUUUCAUCAUUGGCGUGCUUCUCGCUCUGGGACUGCCCCAAUAUUACCGUCAAGCGCCUGGGAAGAUUCUCUUCUUCUAUACGUCUAUCUUCCGUCGACGCAUUGUCCUCUGGUUCUUCUUCAUGGUCAUCAUUCAGAACUGGUUCCUGGCUGCUGUUUUCGGUCGCAACUGGUCAUUCCUCUGGUCCUCCAACCAUGCCAAGUCGUGGGAAGUCCUAAUUCUGGUCUUGUUCUUCUUCAUUGUCGUGUGGAUUCUUGCUCUGCUUAUCUUCCGCUCCCUAUCCAAAGAGCACAGCUGGAUCUUACCUGUCUUUGGUUUGGGUCUUGGUGCACCGCGCUGGGCACAAACCUGGUGGGGCACUUCGAACAUAGGCUACUACCUCCCAUGGGCCGGAGGUUUGACUUCUGGGGCCCUCAUAUCGCGCUGCCUAUGGCUUUGGCUAGGUGUUCUUGAUGAGAUUCAACAAGUGGGUCUGGGGAUGAUUCUCUUACAGACACUGACCAGGGUUCACGUCUGCUUUGUCCUGUUGGCCGCACAAUCUCUUGGAUCUAUCGCUACAAUUUGUGCGCGUGCCUUUGCGCCCAACAAACUAGGACCUGCUGGGGUCUCCCCAGAUGUUGGCUCGUCGCUAGAUCGAGUUGCCAAUGCGUGGUUCUGGAUUGCUCUUGCCUUCCAGCUUUUUGCUAGUUUUGGUUUCCUUCUCUUCUAUCGUCGGGAACAGCUUAAUAGACCAUGA